UGCUCUACUGAGGGGGUAGAAAGAAGCAUUAGCAACUGAGGAAGCCCUCCGCUUUCUCUGAAUGAAAUGCAGAGAGUGGGAAUCCGGAUCCCCUCCUCUCUCAGCUGAGGUUCGCUCCUGGAACCGUGCGUCCGUCAGCGGAGGUGAAACGGGAGGAAAGUGAUGGAAAAGUUGCGCUGAUCCGCGUUCAAACUGCUGGAUGAGAGAGAGACAGAGAAAGUUUCCGAUUGUGAAGUGACAGAUGUAGAACUGGACUCAUAUAAUGUGACUAAGGACUGCAGAUUGCGUUACUCGGUUUGGAUUCAUUGCGUUCUGCUGCGGAAUUACUUGUUUUGUGAAAUUUCUGCAAAAAGAAAGAGAAGUGGAUGAAUUCAAUGAGCGCGCCUGGCUGAUCCGAGACGGGAUGAAUUCAAAGAAAGGAUAAGAGUUUUCCUAAGAAACUCCUAUAUACUUUUUUCUUUAUUAUUCUUUUCAUUUGGGCUGAACUUUGCGAACAGAACAUGCGCUGAACCGUUGCGUAAAGAAGUACCACUCUGCUGCUUUUUGUUGGUUUUAUAUACUUUUAUAAGAGGAAAAACUAAAGCUUUCCUUUUUUCUUUUGGAUUUGGGAGACUCUGUUUGUCAUGAAGGAGUUGAUGCCUAAUUUGAUUUAUUAAAUCAUUUGGAUUACAUCAGAGCAUUUCUUAUAUGAGAGACGCUGAAUGAUGUCUCCAACUUCCAUCGGAUUUGUAUUUUUCUUAGCUGCUCUCCAUGUGUGCCCAGGAUCUCGGCUGCGGCAAGAGGACACCCCACCUAGGAUUGUAGAGCACCCAUCGGACCUUAUUGUAUCAAAAGGGGAGCCUGCCACUCUUAACUGCAAGGCGGAGGGACGGCCUGCCCCAACUGUUGAGUGGUACAAAGAUGGUGAGCGGGUGGAAACAGACAAGGACAAUCCCCGUUCCCAGCGCAUGCUGUUGCCCAGCGGCUCCCUUUUCUUCCUUCGGAUUGUCCAUGGAAGACGAAGCAAACCAGAUGAAGGUUCCUAUGUCUGUGUUGCUCGCAACUACCUGGGAGAGGCAGUGAGCCACAAUGCCUCACUGGAAGUAGCAAUUCUACGAGAUGACUUCAGGCAAAACCCUGCAGAUGUGAUAGUUGCAGCUGGAGAACCGGCUGUCUUGGAGUGUCAGCCACCACGUGGUCAUCCAGAGCCAACCAUAUCAUGGAAAAAAGACGGAGUAAAUAUUGAUGACAGAGAUGAAAGGAUUACUAUACGUGGAGGCAAGCUGAUGAUCACAAACGCUCGCAAAAGCGACGCCGGAAAGUAUGUGUGCGUCGGCACAAAUAUGGUUGGAGAGCGUGAAAGUGAAACUGCUGAACUUACAGUGCUGGAGCGUCCAAGCUUUGUGCGUCGCCCAAGCAGCACAGUGGUCUUAGUGGACCAAAGUGUGGAGUUCAGGUGUGAGGCUCGAGGGGACCCAGUUCCAACUGUACGCUGGAGGAAAGACGAUGGCGACCUGCCCAAAGGACGAUAUGAGAUCCGUGAGGACCACACCUUGAAGAUACGACGUGUGAUCUCGGCUGAUGUAGGCUCCUACACUUGUGUGGCCGAAAACAUGGUGGGCAAGGCGGAGGCAUCAGCCACGCUCACCGUCCAUGUCAUGUCUGUGCCCCCAGCAUUUGUGGUGAGACCGAGGAACCAGGUGGUUGGAGUUGGCAGGACAGUCACCUUCCAAUGUGAGGCCACUGGGAACCCUCAACCAGCCAUUUUUUGGCAGAGGGAAGGGAGUCAGAACCUCCUGUUCUCCUACCAACCACCACAACCGUCCAGCCGAUUUUCUGUAUCUCAAAGUGGGGAUCUGACUAUCACAGAUGCAGAACGGUCUGACGUGGGAUAUUACAGCUGCCAGGCCCUGAACAUUGCUGGCAGUGUGAUCACCAAGGCCCUGCUUGAGGUUACAGAUGUUGUGUCAGACCGCCCGCCACCGGUUAUACGACAGGGGCCCACCAAUCAAACGGUGGCUGUGGAUGGAACUGUGGUCCUAAAUUGUGUGACAUCUGGUAACCCCACACCCACCGUCCUGUGGAAGAAGGACAGCGUUUUAGUGUCUACACAUGACUCAAGGAUCAAACAGUUGGACACAGGGGCACUACAGAUAAGAUAUGCAAAGCUUGGGGACACAGGCUCCUACACCUGCAUUGCCUCCACCCCCAGUGGAGAAGCUUCAUGGAAAGCCUAUUUAGAAGUUCAAGAAUUUGGAUCUCCAGUCCAGCCAAACAGACCAACAGACCCAAACUUGAUACCUAGCGCUCCUUCAAAACCAGAGGUUACAGAUGUUAGCCGGACCUCCAUCACUUUAUCCUGGAAACCAAAUCUCAACUCUGGAGCCACACCAACCUCCUAUAUAAUAGAGGCCUUUAGCCAUACAUCCGGGAGUAGCUGGCAAACCUUGGCAGAGCAUGUGAAAACCGAGUCAUUCAUACUGAAGGGCCUAAAGCCUAAUGCAGUCUACCUCUUCUUGGUGCGAGCAGCCAAUGCAUACGGGCUCAGUGAUCCAAGUGCUAUCUCGGAUGCAGUGAAAACACAAGACAUCCCUCCCACCAGCCAAGGUAUAGACCAUCGACAGAUCCAGAGAGAACUUGCUGAUGUGGUCAUCCACCUCCACAACCCCACCAUCCUCUCAUCCUCCUCUGUCAGAGUGCAGUGGACAGUGGAACAGCAAUCACAAUAUGUUCAGGGCUACAAAGUGCUGUACAGGCUGUCACCAGAGAGCCAGCAGAGGAGAGAAUGGUCAGUGUUUGAGGUCCGGACUCCUGGAGAGGACAGCGCAGUGGUGACGCAGCUCCGAAAGGGUGUCACAUAUGAAUUCAAAGUCCGCCCCUUCUUCAACGAGUUUCAGGGAACAGACAGUGAUGUUAAAAUUGGCAAGACACUGGAGGAAGCCCCCAGCGCACCGCCUCGUAAGGUAACAGUGACAGAGAGUGAGGGCAAUGGGACCGCCGUUGUCGUCUCCUGGCAACCCCCUCCUGAAGAGGAACAGAACGGGGUGCUACAGGAGUACAAGAUUUGGUGCUUGGGGAAUGAGAGCAAGUAUCACAUUAACAAAACGGUUGAUGGGUCAACAUUGUCGGUAAUGAUUCCCAGUUUGAUACCUGGGAUCCGAUACAGCGUUGAGGUAGCAGCCAGCACCAGUGCCGGUCCUGGGGUGAAGAGUGAAACUACUUUCUUUCAGUUUGAUUCAUCUGGACGAAUGGCUGAGACCAUGAACCAGGAGAACCCUCUCUCCCAGCAGAUCUCAGAUGUGGUCAAACAGCCGGCCUUUAUCGCGGGAAUUGGAGCAGCAUGCUGGAUCAUCCUUAUGGUCUUCAGUAUCUGGUUAUACAGGCAUAGAAAAAAAAGGAAUGGCCUCUCCAGCAGCUAUGCAGGCAUACGCAAAGUUCCAUCUUUUACAUUCACACCGACAGUGGCAUACCAGAGGGGUGGGGAAGGCGUCAGCACUGCUGGAAGGCCUGGUUUGCUAAACAUGGGUGACUCUGCCACUCAACCCUGGCUGGCCGACACGUGGCCCAAUUCCUGCUCCAAGCACAAUGACUGCAGCAUCAACUGCUGCACUGCAGGCAACGGCAACAGCGACAGCAACCUGGCAACAUACAGCCGACCAGCCGACUGUAUCGCCAAUUAUAACAGCCAGAUGGAUAACAAGCAGACCAACCUCAUGGUGCCAGAGUCGGGAGUCUAUGGAGAUGUAGACCUGUCUAACAAGAUCAAUGAAAUGAAGACCUUCAACAGCCCAAACCUAAAGGACGGGCGCUUUGUCGGUCCAGGGGGGCAGCCGACACCUUACGCCACCACACAGCUCAUCCAGUCCGCCAUCAUGGGCAACAACAUAAACUCAGACAGAGGGACCGGAGGGAGUGGAGGCGGACUUGGAAGUGGAGGGGAAUUAAAUGAGAAGCACUGCUGGAAACCUCCCUCAGUCCAACAGAAACAGGAAAUGGGCUCCCAGCUUCAGUACAACAUCUUGGAGCAAAACAAACUGAAUAAGGACCGAUACAGAGGAGGCGACAGCCCAUUGCCUGCUACCAUCCCCUACAACCAGACUCAUGACACUCACACCGGGGGCUCCUAUAGCUCUGACCGAGGCAGCAGUAGCACCUCUGGGAGUCAGGGUCAUAAGAAGGGGAUGCGCACCCCCAGACUAGCCAAACAAAGCCCAAUGAAUUGGGCUGACCUUCUCCCCCCUCCUCCUGCAAACCCAGCCCCAGUGCGGAGCACUGAGGAGUAUUCCCUCUCUAUGGAGGAAAGCUAUGAUCAUGACAUGCAGUGCCCCAUGCCCCCCUCUCACAUGUACCUGCAACCAGAUGAGCUGGAGGAGGAGGAGGAGAUGGAGAGGGGUCCCACUCCUCCCGUACGCGGGGCAGCCUCUUCCCCUGCUGCUGUGUCCUACAGCCAUCAGUCCACAGCCACUCUCACCCCCUCUCCCCAGGAGGAGAUGCAACCCAUGCUUCAGGAUGCAUCAGACAGUCAUGAACGCAGACGCCAUGGUGUGAGCCCUCCACCUCCUCCAAGGCCCCUCUCCCCUUCACACACAUAUGGGUAUAUCAGCAGCCCUCUGGCUUUGGACACUGACGGUCUGGAGGAGGAGGAGGAUAUACUGGAGGAAGAGGAGGAGGAGGAUGGUGAAACGGACGCAGAAGUGGCCAAAAUGCACUACCACCAUACCCACCCCCACACACACCCUCACCAACCCCAGAUGCAAGCAAGGAGGUUGCUAAUAAGAGGACUUGAGCAGACGCCUGCGUCCAGCAUGGGUGACCUGGAGAGCUCGGUGACGGGCUCCAUGAUAAACGGAUGGGGGUCUGCCUCUGAGGAGGAUAAUGUCUCCUCGGGGAGAUCAAGUGCAAUCAGCUCAUCAGAUGGCUCCUUCUUCACAGACGCGGACUUUGCUCAAGCAGUUGCUGCAGCCGCAGAGUAUUCAGGGCUGAGGGUGGCAAAGUACCCUAGUCCACAAGGCCAGGAAGUAGGAGGAGCUUCAGUGCGAAAAUACCAAAUAAACCAGUCAGGCCAUCGUCCUGGCAGCCCAGUGUCUACAGAUAGUAAUAUGAGUAUGGCAGCUAUUCACAGGAGGCCUCCAAAGAGGCAAAAACAGCACCCUGCAGGACAUCCAGGCAGCCAGCGACGUGAGGUCUUUAAUGAAGAUCUCCCUCCUCCACCCAUUCCUCCUCCAGCAGUGCUCAAGUCUCCCACACAUCCCUCCAAGACAGCACUGGAGGGUCGGGGAGUAAUUUCCCCCAAAGCGGGGGAAGGUCCAGACAAGCGGGGAGGUGGCUAUCGGCCACAGGAAGGCUCAGACCCCAGAACCAGCUCAUCUGAACGUAAAGACGCUCAGGAUAGACAAAAGACUGCUCCUGGAGGGAAAGGGAAUAAACCUGAGAGCAGCACUGCCAACAAACCACGGCAGAACAUAGGUCCAGAGGACAUUCUGCCAUAUAGCCGACCACAGUUCCCAACAGUCAACAGCCCCAGAGAUCCAAGCUCCUCGAGCUCUAUGUCCUCUAGGGGCUCGGGGGGGCGGCGAAGAGGGGAAGGGACACGCAGGAACCCUGGAGACAUGACUGUCAACAACUCUGUAGCUUUCCACCAAGGAGAGGAAGAACUGGAGAUGCUAGAAAGCUGAAGAAGACAGAAUGAAAAGGAGGAACUGUUUAGAUUUUCCUAGCAGUGGAGCACCAUUUUUUCUCUUACAAUUUUAAAUAUCUCAGUAUUUCACCAUCAUGUUGGCUGCCAUUAUACUGUAUACAUCAUAUGUGUUUCUUUACAUCUGAAAAAAAAAAAACAGACCAAUGUUAUCCGCCUCCUAACUUAUCAUUUCUUUGCCCAUUCUUCUCUUGUUUUUUGUUAUACGGAAGUGUGAUGUUUUACGAAUGAUGCAUUAAAAAUAAGAAUACACAGUGGUAUAUUUAUGUUGGAUUCCAAUGCAAUAUGCAGUGAAAGUCUGCUCCAGAUGUUGACAUAACUCAGCUUGCCUGACAAGAACUUCAGAGAGCCCGUACAGUGAGAUGUUACUGUAAACAGCUGCAUACAGGAAGGGGUAAACUGUCUGUAAAUAUAUGUGUCUAUGUAAUGUUUUCUGUUUUGCCCAAUGUGGUACCUCAAAUGGUCUUCCUUGUUUUGUUUUGAAGAUCUAAUUUUAUUAUGCCAGUAAAUAAAAUUUUAUAAUUUCCAUCCAUGUUGUAAAAUGCUAUAUUAUUUAGCUGCCCCCAACAAAAAAAGUGCCACUUUGGGAUUGUUUUGUUUGUUCAUUUUUUGUAAUGCACUGUUAUGUCCUGUGUUGUUAUCAAUGUUUAUUUGUUUUACUUUGGUUUUAAAAGCACAAUCACUAAACUUUAUUUUAAACCAUUUUAUCUAUUAACCUUUUCGUCUUACUUGGAGGCUAAAAAGUAAGACAGAAAGAGUAGUUAAUCCUGAUGAUGUUGGUAAAGUUUGUUGUUUACGAAGGCUGUGCUUGAAACAAGACUCCCCACAUUAGGAUUGUCGCCAUCUCCAGCUCUGAUGAUGCUCAAGUGAUAAAAGACAGUUAAUGUGAGUCAUGGCUGCAAUGUAAAUACCGUUUUCACAAUGACCAUAAGAUCAGUUAUUGCACAUUAAUCAGAAUGGUUCUUUUGCCUACGAAUGCACUUAAAUGAAUGUCAAAUACAGGAAACAUGUCACUUUGGGAAUCUGGAGAGGCAUUAAUUGGGCAAGAGGAUUCGCUUUUCUUCACACAAAGGGGCUGAUUAAACCCUGUCUCGAGAAGAAAGGGUGCUGUUGUUUAUUCAUAGGACAUCUGCAAUCAUUUGUUUCGUAAAGUAAAAAAAAAAAAGUGAAUAAAAACUUCAAACUAAAA